AUGAGUAAAGGGACUUUUAAAACAAGGGAACACAGGUAUUACACAUUUCCUAGCAUAAGCGGAAAUUUGUGUGUGUCUAUAUCAGCUCUCCUGUACUUUUAUACGCAUGGCCAAAGAGUAAAGGGAUUUUCAAAAGAAGGAAACACAUGGUAUUACACAUUUCCUAGCAUAAGCGGAAAUUUGUGUGUGUCUAAUCGGUUGACUUAUUGGAGGGAAUUUGUGCUAUCUUCAGUUUCCUGGUCUAGGUAAUAUGACACUGAUGCUCUCUGCUGUUUUCACUCACGCAGCAGUGUCAUUCUAGGUUACUCUACUGUACACUGUGCCAUUCUGCUUCUGACACUAUUACAACAGCAUUAUAGUAGCUGGUCACUUGCACACUCUCUUUAGGGAUAGUGAUUUGCAUAUAACAUACUGAGAUCCAUGCCCAC